AUGUCGAUUAUAGCAGAAUGUGAUGGUUUGCCUCUCGCAGUCAAAGUAAUAGGAGGCCUCCUCUGCCAGAAAAACAUAAGGCGAAGCGAUUGGACAAAGGUCCUUAAUGAUUCUACAUGGCCAGUAUCUCAAAUGCCUGAAGAGCUAAACUAUGCAGUAUACCUGAGCUAUCAAGAUCUGAACCCUGAGUUGCAGUCUUGCUUUCUGCACUACGCCCUCCUCCCAAAGAACACGGUGUUCGGGUAUGACCGUAUUGUUGCCAUGUGGAUUAGUGAAGGAUUUGUUCAUGGAAACUCCCAGGAUUUGGAAGUGUUAGGAAAAGAGUACUAUGACCAGUUAAUAGCUAGGAACCUUCUAGAGCCUGAUCCAAGGUAUGUGGACCAUGGAGUUUGCAAUAUGCAUGAUAUUGUUCGUUCAUUUGCUCAGUAUUUGACUAGAGAUGAAGCACUGGUAACUCAGAAAAGUGAGGCUGGCCUUAUCAACAAUAUUAAUCCACAAAAUAUUAUUCGGAUAUCACUAAAAACCAAUGGAUCAGAAUCAAAUGGGCUAGGGUGGAGUUCUCUGCAAGCACAUAUAUCACCACGAACUCUAAUUUUUGCUGGGAAAAUUAAGAUUAACCCAGAUGGCACUGACACAUCUAGGCUGCCAGAAAAAAUAGCCAAGAUGAAAUUAUUGCAGUGCAUUGACCUUUCUAAUUGUAAAAGAAUGGUGAAGCUUCCUGGUGGCAUUGGAAAGUUACGGCAGCUGAGGGGUUUCCCUGCCCACGUGGAGGGUGAUUGGUGUAGUUUGGAAGAAUUAGGACCUCUUAACUGGCUCACGAGUCUUCGUAUACAUGGCCUGGAGAAUGUAUCUUCUUCCUCAUUUGCUAUAAAAGCCAGGCUUGGUGAAAAGGUGUGCCUCAGCUAUCUGUACUUACAGUGCACUAGUAGUAGUGGAGGUGCUCACCAGAUGGUGAAACAGGAAGAGCAGCAACACAUCGAGAAGGUGUUUGAUGAGCUCUGCCCUCCGCCUUGCUUAGAAAAACUAGCAAUCGAAGGGUACUUUAGUCAACGACUUCCGAAGUGGAUGACGUCGACAGCAAUUGUGUCCCUUGGAUGCUUGAGGAUUCUAUUCAUGGAAGACUUGCCUUAUUGCAUAGAGCUACCUGACAGCUUGUUCCAGCUACCCAGCUUGGAGUUCCUACAGAUUAGUAGUGCCCCAGCCAUCAAGCAUGUUGGGCCAGAGUUCUUACUACCACACCAUCAUGAGCACCCAAGCGCUUUGGAAAACUUUGGUUCUGAUUUGAAAAUUGAGGUGAGUAGAUGUCAUGGACUAGAGAGGAUCAGUAAUCUGCCAAAUUUGCAGAACCUCGUGAUCAUAGAGUGCCUAGAGUUGCAGGUACUAGAGGGUUUGCCUGCACUUCAUAGACUCACACUGGAGGACUACGACAUGAAAACACUCCCUGGAUACUUGAAGGACGUAAACCCAAGGGAUUUGCAUGUAGACUGCGACGUCCCGCUGCUCGCUUCCAUAGGUAAAGGGAAAUCUAGUCUUGAGUGGGACAAGUUCAGCCAUAUCAAGCAGGUCAAUGCAUAUGCAGAUGAUGAUGACAACAACAUUGAAAGGAAGUGGUACGUGAAGUACACAAUAGAUCCUUUCAGCUUCAAGACAAACAUCAGCCCCUCUGCCGAUGCUUCAGGUGGAGUGCCGCAUGGACAAAAAGCAGCCUUGGAGGCUGGAGCUAUCAUCGCUUCGGCCGAAGAAGAAGCAAUGGAGCCGAUUACUACGCUGCGGGUCGUCGUGAGGCAGUCAGAUGUUGGACACUGCAAAUAA